GGCGCGGCGGGCCGGGCAGGGGCGAGGGGCGCCGGGAAGCAAGCCAGGGGUCUCCCCGCGUUCCCCCAGGAGGAGUACCAGAUGUUGUUUGCCCUCUGCGCUCCAGAUAGAGGCUUCAGAGAUCAGGCUGCUUCCUUUCAAGGAGAUCCUGCCCCAGAAACGGCUGGCACUUCCACACCGGGGAUGCGGCGCUCUGUCCUGGUCAGGAACCCAGGCCACAAAGGCCUGCGGCCCGCCUAUAAAGAGCUUGACUCCGACUCGGAAGACCUAGACCCCAACUCAGAAGAGCUGGACCCAGUUUCUGGAAACCCAGAGCCUGACCCGGAAGACCUCAACACUGUCUCUGAAGAUGUGGACCCCAGCUAUGAAGAUCUGGAGCCUGUCUCUGAGGAUCUGGAUCCCGAUGUGGAAGCUCCAAGCUCCAUCUCGGGCACCCGUGACUCGGAUCCCCAAGAUCUCGACCCCAUGUCUUCAAGUUUCGACGACCCAGACGUCAUUGGCCCUGUCCCCUUGGUUCUCGACCCUAACAGCGACACCCUCAGCCCCUCUGCCGCCCCAGACCUGGACCCCCUCUCAUCCGACCUUACUGCCACCCCCGAGGUCCUGGCCACCAGCCCCGCAGUGCUCCCUGCACCUGCCAGCCCGCCCCGGCUCUCCUGCCCUGAUUGUGGGCGAGCCUUCCGCCGCAGCUCGGGGCUGAGCCAGCACCGCCGCACCCACAGUGGCGAGAAGCCCUACCGCUGCCCCGACUGCGGCAAGUCGUUCAGCCACGGCGCUACGUUGGCCCAGCACCGCGGCAUCCACACCGGUGCCCGGCCCUACCAGUGCGCGGCGUGCGGCAAGGCCUUUGGCUGGCGCUCCACGCUGCUGAAGCACCGCAGCAGCCACAGCGGCGAGAAGCCGCACCACUGCCCCGUGUGCGGCAAAGCCUUUGGCCACGGCUCGCUGCUGGCGCAGCACCUGCGUACGCACGGUGGGCCGCGGCCGCACAAGUGCCCCGUGUGCGCCAAGGGCUUCGGGCAGGGUUCAGCGCUGCUCAAGCACCUACGCACACACACCGGCGAGCGGCCGUACCCCUGCCCGCAGUGCGGUAAGGCCUUCGGGCAGAGUUCGGCUCUGCUUCAGCACCAGCGCACGCACACGGCCGAGCGCCCGUACCGCUGUCCCCACUGCGGCAAGGCCUUCGGCCAGAGCUCCAACCUGCAGCACCACCUGCGCAUCCAUACGGGCGAGCGGCCCUACGCCUGCCCCCACUGCUCCAAGGCUUUCGGGCAGAGCUCGGCGCUGCUCCAGCACCUGCACGUGCAUUCGGGCGAGCGCCCUUACCGCUGCCAGCUCUGUGGCAAGGCCUUCGGCCAAGCCUCCAGCCUCACCAAGCACAAGAGGGUGCAUGAAGGUGCGGCCGCUGCAGCGGCUGCAGCUGCAGCUGCCGCUGCUGGCCUGGGCCUUAGCCCUGCUUCAAUGUUGAGGCCGGGGCAGGUCUCUCUCCUGGGUCCUGAUGCUGUCUCUGUGCUUGGCUCUGGCCUGGGCCUCAGCCCAGGCCCCAGCUCCAGCCUUGACCCUGACCCUGGCUCUGUGCUGGGCUCCCUCCCCAAACCCAGCCCCAAACCCCUCCCUGGCUCUGGAUCUACCCCCACCUCUGAUUCUGUCAAAUCUUCUGACCCUAAGCCUGGGCGCAAUGCCAGCUCUGACCUUGUGGCCAACCCUGACCGUGGAUCUGGUCCCAGCCCAGGUCCGGAUCCUGUGCCCAGCCCUGACCCCAACUCCAAGUCCCACCCUGACCCUACCUCUCCCACCCGUGACACUGUCAGCCCAGCCCUCCCUACUGGCGAGAGCCCCGAGUGGGUGCAGGAGCAAGGGGCACUGCUGGGGCCUGAUGGCUGAAGGGCAUGCGAGAACCCACAGGGGCCUGGGAAAGUUGUGUGUCGUGCAGUUAGUAAAAUCUUCCCACUGCCUCCUG